AUGAAUAAUUUGAAUCUAACACAAAAAUUUCUCUAUCUUUCUUAUGAAAUUCUUCCAACAUUUUCUGAAGGCAAAGGAUUUGGAGGUGGAAGAAGUGGUGGUGGUGGUGGUUUUAAAGUUGGUUCUAAAGGAUCAGGAACAUUUGGUGGAGCAUCAAGUUAUAAUCAAGGAAAUAGUUAUAGACCUCCUAUGAAUCAACCGUAA